GGUGCUUCCAUACCUGCGGAUUAGGAGGUUUCGAUUCGAUGGCCAAAGGCGAGGGCGAUGGAAAGAGAGAGAGGCGGCGAGGGAGAUCGCCAUCGUCGGUUGACGACGAUAAGUCUGAAACGGCGUCCGAUUCGCCUCAGAGGAGGCGGCGGACCUCUUCCCAUCGGAGGAGCGGACGCCGGAGCAGCGACGGCGACAGCAGCCGAAGGGGGCGGAAGAAGAGGAGCAGUGGCCGUCGGAGCUCCGACGAUGAUGGCAGCGAUUACUUCGACUCCGGAUCGGAGGACCGGCGGGGGAGACGGAAGAAGAGGUCGUCGAGGGAUAUCACCGAUGAGGAGGUAUUGGAGUACAUGGCCAAGAAAGCCCAGAAGAAGGCUCUGAAGGUUGCGAAGAAGCUCAAAGCAAAUGCAGUAUCUGGCUACUCCAAUGAUUCAAAUCCAUUUGGGGACUCGAACCUGACCGAGAAGUUUGUAUGGAGGAAAAAGAUAGAACAUGAUAUCACUCAAGGUGUACCUUUGGAUAUAUCUGUAAAGGCUGAAAAGAAGAGGCAAAGAGAAAGGAUGGCAGAGAUUGAGAAAGUUAAGAAAAGAAGAGAGGAAAGGGCAAUUGAAAAGGCACAACAUGAGGAAGAAAUGGCAAUGCUAGCUAGAGAGCGAGCCCGUGCUGAGUUUCAAGAUUGGGAGAAGAAAGAAGAAGAGUUCCAUUUUGACCAAAGCAAAGUCAGAUCUGGGAUUAGAUUGCGUGAAGGACGUUCAAGGCCCAUAGAUGUACUCACCAAAAAUCUCAGUGGUUCAGAAGAGUUUGACAUUGAACUAAAUGAACCUUACAUGGUAUUCAAGGGGCUUACUGUGAAGGAGAUGGAAGAGCUUCGUGAUGACAUUAAGAUGCAUCUGGAUUUGGAUAGAGCAACUCCAAUGCAUAUUGAAUAUUGGGAGGCAUUGAUGGUAAUUUGUAACUGGGAACUUGCUGAAGCUCGGAAAAGAGAUGCACUAGAUCGAGCUAGAGUACGUGGUGAGGAACCACCUCCUGAGGUUCUUGCAGAAGAAAGGGGUUUGCACUCCAGCAUUGAGGCAGAUGUGAAGAAUCUCUUAGAAGGGAAGAAGUUCAGGGAUUUGGAGGCAAUGCAACAACAAAUUGAGUCACAAAUGCGCUCAGGCACUGCCAAGGUUGUUGAGUAUUGGGAAGCUAUAUUAAAACGCCUCCAAAUAUAUAAAGCAAAGGCUUGCUUGAGAGAAAUCCAUACUUCACUUUUAAGAAAGUAUCUGCAACGUUUGGAGCAAGUUGCAGACGAUGAACACCACUUAGAAGCACAUGAAGAUAUAAGGCCUGAGGUGGAGGAUGUAAUGCAUGAUACAGAGGAUUCCAAGCCUUAUUCUCCUGAACCCAUAAUUGAGGAGCCAAGCUGUGAACCUGAAGAAGAACUAGGCUCCUUUUCACCUCAACUCUUGCAAGGCGAUGAAGAUGAUGAAGCAAUUGAUCCUGAAGAAGAUAGGGCAGAGCUGGAGCGGAAACGUGAGGCUGUAGUAAUAGAGCAGCAAAGAAGGAUUCAGGAAGCAAUAACUGCAAAGACAAAUACACCUGAAGAUAGCAUGGAACUCAAAGCCAUGAAAGCCAUGGGAGCUAUGGAAGAAGGUGAUGCAGUUUUUGGUGCUGGUGCUGAAGUGACCCUGGAUUCACAGGUGUACUGGUGGCAUGACAAAUAUCGGCCAAGAAAACCCAAGUACUUCAAUCGGGUUCAUACCGGAUACGAGUGGAAUAAAUAUAACCAGACCCAUUAUGAUCAUGAUAACCCUCCACCGAAGAUUGUACAGGGAUACAAGUUCAAUAUCUUUUAUCCUGAUCUUGUUGACAAGACGAAAGCACCUGUGUACACUAUUGAAAAGGACGAUAGCAAUGGUGAGACAUGUCUCAUAAGAUUUCAUGCGGGACCUCCCUACGAGGAUAUUGCCUUCCGCAUUGUCAACAAGGAAUGGGAGUAUUCUCACAAGAAGGGCUUUAAAUGUACAUUUGAGCGUGGCAUUCUGCAUCUCUAUUUCAACUUCAAGCGGUACCGCUACAGGAGAUAAUUCCUGCUUGGUUGAAGGAAUUGAAGGAGGAAGACAGGAGGAAGGAAAAACUUUUGGACAAACUUCUUAUAAUCACACACGGGUGCUUACAGGGAUUGUUAUAAGAUCGUAAGCCAAUGGAUUUUAUUCAUCUGGUAAUACCUGGUAAAUGUCUUUGCAUUAAUCUUUCUUUCCAGUCAGGAUGAAGCCAAGUUGUGUCGUCUGUUCAUAUAAAAUUUAUAUAUCAUUAAGGUAGAUUUUAAAUUUUUUUUUUC